AUGUCUGCCUGCUCCGGAAACCCCCAGAACUGCAACUUCUGCGGCACCACCCCCUCGGCUUGUGCCAAGGAUGAGGUCGCUGGCUGCACUGCCAACCCCGCUUCUUGCGGUGUGUGCAAGGACCAGGGCUGCGUCGCUACCGAGUGCACUGGAAAUGUCGCCACCUGCAAGGCUUGCUCCGGCAACUACCAGUCCUGCCGCAAGGCCCAGAUCUCGGCCGUCGAGGGUGUCGAGCGCGUCGAGAAGGCUCCUAUGGCCUAG